AUGAUUAGGCAUACAAAUAAUGAGUUGUUAGAUUGUCAGUCAUGUCCAGACUAUAUGUUAAAAUCACAACGAUUCCGAGUUUACUUGUGUAAAACUAGAUUUUUAAAUCUACAAAAUAACAAUUACAUUUUUAAAAGCCUUGGAAAGGAGCAUCUACUUAGUGAACAGUUAAAAAAUUUUAGCAAUUUGGCAUGUGAAGGACAAAUCAUGUUCAUUAAUAAGAUUUUUAAAAACAAUAAGCCAAAUUCAUUACUCCAGCUCAUACCUAUUACUGCUUAUGAAGAAGCAGCAGCUCUGAAUAAAGAAAAUAUGAUAAAAAAGGAGCUUUUAGUGAUCAUUGAUUCAUUACUCAAUUGCAUCAAUCUUUUUGAUCAUCUGAAGUAUUGUGGUUUGCAACAAAAAUCUCAUAGCCAAUUGCAAGAAAUCUUACAAAAUAUUAGAGACCUACACAAAAAUCAAGAUGAUCUUGAAAAUGAGAUGAACCUAUAUAAGAAUUAUAAUGAUUUUGAAAAUGAGACAGAGCUAGAAAAUAAAAAUAAAUAA